AUGGACCACAUCGAAGCAAAAGCGUCGUGGCCACCGUCAAGUCUGUCUGGUCGGUUUCCCACAACCUGCACCAACGUCAUUCGAGCGCAUACAGGGCCCACCAACGCCGCUCUCUUCAACAGUCGAUCCGCCUACAUCCUCAGCGCCUCAUCCGACCGACAAGUACGUCUCUUCUCCACUCGUUCGCCUCCUCCAUCCAGCAUUGCCCGCGAAUCAAGCUUGGGAAUGAUGGCAAAAGGGGGAAAAGUAGACGAAGGGAUCAAGACGUACGAUUCUGCCAAUAAUGCCGUCUUGGCAUUAGCAUUGGCACCUUCUGACAAGAUCUUCGCUCAAGCUGGAAUGGAUCGUAGUGUGAAUGUUGUGGAUGUGCAGAGCGGUGGUGUGGUGAGAAGGUUCAACGCACAUACAGGAGCCGUACACGCCCUGGCUUUUGCUGGUGCUGCUUCUUCUUCUUCUUCCACCAACAACAACAACAAUCCGCGCCCACCCGGCUUGACAGGGGGAGAUUCGCUCUUGCUCGCCGCUGGCUUUGAUGCCAGGUGUCGCUUGUACGACCUAAGGGCUAGCGGUGCUUGGAAACCAAUCAUGGAGCUCAAAGAAUCAAAGGACACGAUCUUUUGUUUGGAUGUGAGCGGAGAAAUUUUCAGGACUGCUGGAAUGGAAGGGGUGGUUAGGACGUACGAUGCGAGGAUGGGUCAGAUGACAGAAGAUGUAGUAGCCGGUGAGUUUGGCGUAAGGGUUCCCCUGCCAUAUUUUUCCCGCGAUAUUCGAUCGAUGCGGGUCCUUCCAAGCACGCGCAAUCUCGCUCAUGCUACGCACAUUCAUGCCCUUGCCUUGCAGCUCCUAUCGUCUCGCUAUCCUCUACACCGACAUCUCUGCUCAUCUCUACUUCUUCUCAGCGAAGAGCAGCUCAUCAUCUCCUCUCCACAAGCGACGGGACUUUGCAAAGGACCCUCAUAGGUCACCAACAAUCCAACCCCAAAUUUCCCUUUCGAUCCAUCUUUGUGCGCCCUGUCAAGAACACCGCUGCUGCUGCUGCUGCUGACCCGAUAGGAGUGCUGAGCGGCUCCGAGCAAGCGGGUCCGCUACUUUGGAAGCUGAACUCUCAUUCGAGCGCAACGGCUGCUGCGACUCGCACUGCAGAUGCACGAGAAGGAAAUGUGGCAGAAUAUCCAACGGGCUCUGCUUGUUUGGGCGUGGAUCAGGCUAGAGAUGGCUCGUUGUGCACUUAUCAUCAAGAUGGAACGAUUCGUAUUUGGCGAAUGGACGACGACUCUUAGUGGAGCAGCUCGAGCAUAG